AUGCAGCUUGGCGAGAGCUGAACAAGAUGAGAAAUGCUGUGGUAGCAUAGAAGUGUGGGGAUGUAACAACUGGAUGUCAGUGAUGCAUGUAUGUGGUGUAACCAAAAGCUGUAUAUAUAGAGGGACGAGUAUACUCAGGAUCGGACGAAUGGAUCAAUAAAGAGAUCAAGACACAGACACUUCCUCAUUACGAGCAAGCCGUCUCAAAGCCGCGAUACUCACCAGCUUAUACUCGACUCUCUCACACAACUCACAAAGAUGCUCUUCACCAACAUCGCAUGGCUCCUCGCCGGCUCGGCCUCAGCCUCAGCCUCAACGUCAAGCUUCAAAUGGCACUGGCUCAACAACCCCGGCGUCGAACCCGUCUCACCAAUCGGCCGCUCCAUCACCAUCCAAGUGCCCCCCGACACCGACAUCUGGCGUCCCGCCCUCUCCAAGCACAACUUCACAGCUCCCUACCUCUACACCACCGUCCCCGCCGCGCACUUCCAGAGCGUCCAAGUGACCGUCACAGGGCCCUGGAAGACGCUCUACGACCAGGGCGGCCUCGUCGUGACGUUCCCCAACCGGCACAACCCCAACGCCACGCGCUUCAUCAAGGCCGGCAUCGAGUUCAACGACGGCACGCCCGCGCUCGGCGUCGUGGCCACGGACAUUCUCUCUGACUGGAGUCUGAGUCCCAUCACGGAGAAGCAGACGGGCAAUGCAAAGGCCACGAUCCUGGUGGAGAGGGAUGGCACCGAUGCGUGGGUGUAUGUUGUAGAGAGCCAAGGCAAGACGAGGCGGGCGCUGAGACAGGUGACUUGGGCGUUCAACGAAGAUGAUGGUCAGGGCCUGGCCAAGGAGAUUGAGGUCGGUAUCUACGGCGCGAAGCCGACGGAGGAGUCGGGCGAGGGCCACGCGAGGGACAAGAUUGCCGUGUCAUUUUCUGGCUUUUCGCUCAAGACUGUGUAAAGGCCGUUUAAAGCCUGUAUUUGGAUGUCUGUUUUCUUUGGUAGUUAACUGAAAUCAUAUGCAUUG